AUGUUCGGCAUUUUGAUUGUAUUCUUUUAUUGUAUUACAUCAGCUUAUGGUCAUGGCUAUCUACUUGAACCUGUAGCUCGUAGUUCAGCAUGGCUUGUCGAUCCAUCAUUUAAACAAUGUUGUACUUGGCCACAACAUAAUGAAAUGUUUUGUGGUGGUAUAGGACAUCAAUGGAAUAUUAAUGAUGGAAAAUGUAGUAUUUGUGGUGAAGCUUAUGAUAAACCAGUAAAAUUAUUUGAGAAAGGUGGAACAAUGUAUAAAGGUACAAUUGUUCAAAAAUAUACUCAAGGACAACAGAUCGAAGUAAAAGUUGUUUUAUCAGCUAAUCAUAAAGGUUAUUUUGAAUUUCGUUUAUGUAAUCUGGAUGCUAGUCCAUUAGCUGAUGCUACCCAAGAAUGUCUUGAUCAUAAUUUAUUAAAAAUUGCUGAUACGGAUUCAACUAAAUUUAGUGAUGUUGGUAAAUAUGGGUCAACAACGAUUAAUAUUCGUGUACAACUUCCUCCAAAUGUUGCUUGUCAACAUUGUGUUUUUCAAUGGAAAUAUACAGCAGGAAAUAAUUGGGGUACAGAUCCUAUUACAGGUCAAUCUGGCGGUGGUCUAGGAAGAGAAAAUGAAACAUUUAUGGGUUGUUCUGAUAUUGCUAUUCUACAUACUGGUUCACCUACUGAACCACCUAUGGUUAUAAUUCCGACAACACCUACAAUUACAACAACAUCUAUAACGACAGGAACUAACACUAAUAAUGCACAAGUAACAACCUCAUCAAAUCAAUGGACAUGGCCAUCAUCAUCAAGUCAAGGAUCAGUACCAACAACAACAUACCAUUGGACAUGGCCAACACUAUCAAGUCAAGAAUCAGUAACACCAAUGACUACUAGUACUUUUCGUGCUCCACUCGGUUUAACAACAUGGUCAUCGGAACUUUUUGAAUAUCAAAUAGGUGAUGAAGUCAUGUAUGAUGAUAUUAAAUAUCGAUGUGUUGCACCACAUCGAUCAUUUCCAGGUGCCGAACCAGGUGUACUUACUUGGGCAUGGUGGCAACGUGUUGAAGAAGAAAGUUAA